AUGGGGGAUAAAAAGGUGCCGCCGCAAGGUCACCCGGCCCCUCCUCAAUAUAAUCCAGUCCCUCUUCAACAGAACCCAAUUCUACCCGUGAUGGACCUAGACUACAUUAAGAAGUAUAAGAGACUUAACCCAUCAACUUUUGUUGGGGCAUCCACUUUUGAAGAAGUCGAGUCGUUGGUGGUAGCUAAAGUAGGUCAUCUUGCCCAUUCCGGUCACUUGAGAACAGUUUCUAAUAGCUUUCAAUGCAGAGUUCCUCUCAAAGCACAUUCAGCAUUUGAAGGAGAUGAAGUUUCCACACCUGGUUCAGAUCCUUUUCAUUCAAGGCCAGAUUUGGUCAACAUCAGAAGCAUUGAUGAGGCUAUUGUGAUUGGUGCUGCUCUCUCAUUGUCAUCUUCGGCUUUUGUUCUGCAGCUUCUUGCAGAGAAGGGUGAGCUCCCUACAAGAUUUGGCUCAGCAACUUUGGGGAUACUUCUUUUACAGGAUAUAGCUGUUGUUCCUUUGUUAGUCAUCCUUCCAGUGCUUGAGAGCCAGAAUCUAGGUGAAGAAAGUAUCUGGCCAAUGCUUGCUACAGAAAGCCUGAAGGCAUUAGGUGGAUUGGGACUUCUUUCCCUUGGAGGAAAGUAUCUUCUCCGGAGAGUUUUCGAGGUUGUUGCAGAAACAAGGAGCUCAGAGGCUUUUGUUGCCCUCUGCCUUCUAACGGUGUCUGGCAUAUCACUUGUCACCCAGAAGUUGGGCUUCAGUGAUACGCUUGGAGCAUUUCUAGCUGGGGCACUUUUGGCAGAAACAAAUUUCCGGACACAGAUUGAAGCUGACAUUAGGCCAUUUAGAGGUCUGCUUCUUGGGUUGUUUUUUGUAACAACAGGGACUUCCAUAGACAUGCAGAUCCUUUUCCGAGAAUGGCCAAAUGUACUCUCGCUCUUGGCAGGUUUAAUUGUCAUCAAGACACUGAUUAUAACUGCAAUAGGUCCCCGUGUUGGACUCACUAUACAAGAAAGCGUUAGAAUAGGGUUUCUUCUUUCCCAAGGAGGCGAGUUUGGCUUUGUAGUUUUUUCUCUAGCUAACAGGCUUGGAGUGCUGCCACUUGAGCUGAACAAGCUGCUUAUAAUUGUUGUUGUAUUGUCAAUGGCCUUAACUCCAUUUCUUAAUGAAGUUGGUAAAAGAGCAGCUGAGUUUAUCGAUGGCAAAUUUGAUACUGAGGAUAAAGCUGCUGAGUUGGUGAGUUUUGAUGGUAGUGAACCAGUUGUCAUUGUUGGAUUUGGACAAAUGGGACAGGUCCUCGCCAAUUUUUUGUCCACUCCAUUGGCUUCUGGAAUUGACAGUGAGCCUGUGGGAUGGCCUUAUGUGGCAUUUGAUCUUAAUCCUUCAGUUGUGAAGGAAUCACGAAAACUUGGUUUCCCAAUUUUCUAUGGAGAUGGAUCACGUCCAUCAGUUUUGCAAUCUGCUGGUAUUUCUUCCCCAAAAGCUGUUAUGAUCAUGUACAAAGAAAGGAGGAGAAGUAUUGAGGCUGUUCAAAGGCUGCGGCUUGCUUUUCCAGCGAUCCCAAUUUAUGCUAGAGCUCAGGAUCCUAUUCACCUUUUGGACCUGAAAAAGUCUGGUGCAACCGAUGCUAUUCUGGAAAAUGCAGAGACGAGUUUACAGCUUGGCUCUAAGCUUUUGAGAGGAUUUGGUGUUAUGUCUGAUGAUGUAACCUUCCUCCGUCAGAUUGUUCGGGACUCCAUGGAGCUACAAGCUCAAGAGGCUCUCGAGAAAACCGAUGAUCAAGAACCUAAUAUCAUGAAGCCACUGGAGGUAAGAGUUGCUGACUACAUCACGAAACAGGUACCAAUUGUUUCCACUGUAUCUAAUGAGAAAGUAUCAACAAGUGAGAAAGAUGGAACUCAUGCCAUGAAAUUUCAGGAAGAAUUUGAUCGAGGAACAGAUGAUGGUCAGUUCCAGAUCGCUGGUGACUCGGAUGGCAAAGGCGUAUUCUACUGUGAACUAGAUGUAGAGAAUAGAUCGGUGGCUGUAAUUGAAGAUGACGAAACAAAUAAUAACAACGACGAUAAUAUGAUGCAGACGUCAAUACCUUGUAUUACAACUAUAGAGGAUGUUUAGUGUUACAAGAUUCUGAUCCUUUGUUGAGGCCAUUGGCUCAUGUGAAGUACUGCAGAACACAACCUUGUCCAGGUCUAACAACAAAGAGAGAAGCUUAAACUUCGUGCUAUAGUUUUGAGAGUAUAAAAUAGGAGAUAGCCACAACAAUAUCGUCAAUUUGUCAUAUUUGGUAUACAUAUAUGUUCAACCUCUUUUAGCUCAUUAAUUUCUUUCAUGAUUGAGAAGAGAGAAGCAAAUAAAAAGAAGAUGAAUUGGAAGUUUGGAUG